AUGAAUGGCAGAUGGGUCAUGACCACCGUACCUGACCGCCGAUACUUGUCGCCGAAGAGGCCACAGCAGAGAAGGUACCCUAUUACUAUGUCACCAAAAUUCCAGCCAGAACAGGCUCCCAUUGUGCGAUUGCCCGUAUUCUCGGACCCCAGCUACAUACAAACCGUUGUCGGCAAGCAAUCGGCCAUCUCGGAUAGUAUAGAGGAGUUCCGUGGCAUACCAUAUGCUCAUGUGCCAGGAAGAUGGGAGCACUCUAGCCUGAGGGAUCGUUUACCGCGGGAUAUAUUUGACUCUACGGAGGACGGUCCACGAUGUCCUGCGCAGGGAGGCAACACGCGGAUGUUUCAAUCAUACUUGCCCUUCCCGGACGUCCGCCAGGACGAGUUCGAGUGUUUGAACCUUCUCAUUGUGCGUCCAAGUAAGGCAGCACUCGCAAAGCACGACAUCAAUGCCGAGACGGCUCAGCUGCCUGUUCUUAUUUGGAUUCAUGGUGGUGGCUUCAUAGAUGGGGCGGGGACAGAUCCAAUAUCUGAUCCCACCCGGCUUGUUCUGCGUUCCCUUUUCAAAAGAACCCCUUUUAUUGCCGUGUCCAUCAAUUAUCGUCUGGGCAUAUUUGGCUUCGGCGGUUCCUCUGACGUGAUCGCAGCCCAAAGCAGCGAUGUCCCUAUCAAGGGCUUGAACUUUGGCCUCUAUGAUCAGAAGCUUGCUCUCAUCUGGGUGAAGCGCAACAUUGCUGCGUUCGGAGGAGAUGACACCAAGAUUACAAUCAUGGGUCACUCCGCUGGCGGAAUCUCAUGUUAUCUUCACCUUCUCCAGUCGGAAUUAGGCACGGAGAGACCGCUAUUCCGCAAGGCUGGUGUGCUUUCAGGGCCGAUUGGGGGUCUUGACUUGACAUCGCUGGAGAAAGCCGAUAAGCGCUGGGCAGAUCUCUGCCGAUUAUGGUCAGUCCAAGCUCAAAGCCAAGUUGAGCGAUUUGAUACGUUGAGAAGAAUACCUACAAAGGAUCUACUUAACAGCGUUUCGGAGCUCCACUGGAAGCUCUUUACACUGAUUGUGGACGAAUUGACGAUUCGGAAAAGCAACUUGGGCUGUGGCGUUUCCAUCCAUCUCGGACACGACGGACUGGGCGAUGAAGCCAGGCCUUCUGACCAAAAGGUUCAACUCUUGCUAAGUUCAACAGACGAGGAGUUCAGAGGCUUUGCCUUGAUGGCCAACUGGGACUACACCAAGUUUCACUCUCUUCUCAGCUCAAGUUAUCCCUCAAAGGCAUCAGCCGAGGAGGUUCUUCGAGCAUAUAACAUCCUGCCUACAUCAUCUGAAGAAGAGCUACUUGAAGCGUUCUCUCAGUUCAUAUCUGAUAGCACCAUGAUGCACAAAGUAUAUCGCGGAUACGAAUUCUUCAAGGCUCACCGUGGGAAACAAGCUCUCCAACGUGGCCAGGACCCCAGACGUGUGGGUGUACAGUAUACCCAUUUUGAAAUUGGCAAUCCCUUUCCAGGGCCUCUGCGAGGAAUCGCGCACCACGGCGUUGAAUUGAUCUAUGCAUUCGGUAAUUUUUACCAUGCGCUAGAGAAGGCUGACCAAGGAAUUUUGCAAGGUUAUGCCGACCCCGACCAAGCUCAUGUGGAAGCUAACGUUGAUGAGCCCUCAAUGGACACUGAAGCUAGCAAGUAUCGCAAGUCCAACAUCGAUCUCAGCUAUGAAAUACAAGAUAGGUGGGUUCGAUUUGUGGUUGAGGAUUGCCAAGAGAGCGACCAGCAUGCAAAUGCCGAUGACAUCACGACGUUUUGUUCCGACCGAUCGGUGCGCACAGAAAGUUGGUCUACUGGCGAGAAAUGGAUGGCAAAGAGGAAGAAGCUUGAAAUUUUAGAUAGGGAUUUUGAUUCUAUGACAACUGCUACGCAGAGACUAGUCGGGAGCGUUAUUGGUAUGGCACUAUAG